AUGUCAGCUCUGCCAUUCCCCCACAAGAUGAAGCGAAAACAAUUUGACAAAUGUUUUGGGCGAUUCUUGGAAAUGCUCAAGAAACUCUAUGUGAACAUUCCCUUCACGGAGGUACUCACUCAGAUGCCUGCUUAUGCAAAGUUCUUGAAGGAAAUCUUAUCUAGAAAGAGAAAACUGGAAGAGACAAUUGUGGUCAAGUUGAAUGCCCACUGCAGUGCCAUAUUACAAAAUAAAAUUCCCCAAAAGAAACUGCAAGGUGAGCUUGGAGUGAUUAAAUCAAUACCAGUAUCUCUACAACUGGUUGACCAUACCACCAUUUUUCCUGAGGGAAUCAUUGAGGAUAUUCUAGUGCAAGUGGACAAAUUUGUUUUCCUCGUAGACUUUAUUGUGGUGGAUUUAGAGGUGAACAAGGAAGUGCCUUUUAUCCUGGGGAGGCCAUUCUUAUGUACAGGCAGAGCUAUCCUUGAUAUCUAUGAAGGACAACUUAUGCUCAGAGUAGGUAGUGAAAAAGUGAUAUUUCAGAUUAAUAGGAUAAUGAAAUACCCAGUGACGAGGCGUUCACCUACUCGUGUUUCAAGCUGGAUGUGGUUGAAGAAUUGGCUGAAAAUUACAAAUACACAAGAGCGACAGCUGGUGGAGCUACUGAAGAAGCACAAGAAAGCCAUUAGCUGGAGUAUACCUGAUAUUCAAGGAAUCAGUCCAGUAAUUUGCAUGCACAAAAUCAUGUUGGAAGAAAAUAGCAAACCAGUUUUGCAGCCCCAACGCAAGCUGAACAAAAAUUUGGAGGAGGUAGUACACAAGGAGAUCAUAAAAUUGCUAGAUGCGAGAGUAAUUUUACCAUCUCUGAUAGCCAGUGGAUUAGUCCAGUACAAGUUGUACCUAAUAAGGGCAGCAUGA